CGCAGUGUCUCGCCGCAAGCUACCGUUCGUUCCGGGAAAAUUGUCACCUAAAAUGUUUAACUAGUUCUCGUGAGAUUCAUCAGCUUUUAGUAGUUGAUCGUAUGAACGUUAGUUUCCCGGCCGAUAUCGAUGGAUACUAUCAAUACCGAGGCGUUUAUCGACGCGGUGCGAAUACGGACUUCACUCUGGGACUCCUCCGCUACCGAGUUCAGAGACAAAUCGGUUCGCGCUCGCAAAUGGGAAGAAAUUGCUCUAUUAAUGUUUCCCGAUUUUCACUGCAGAGAUCCUAAGGAAAAAACCGGAAUCAUCCUCGAAUUGCAGAAGAAAUGGAAACAUGUACGCGAUGCCUACAUUCGUUCUCUUCGCUUGCGAGCAACAACAACGCAGGGGAAAAAUAUGCGACCCUAUCUGUACGAGAAAAAGCUUGAAUUUUUAAGAUUUUGUCCUUGGAAAUCAUCAAACGAAUACGAUCCAUCUCAUAGUGCGGACGGUACGGAUUUUGAGGAUGGAAAUAGCGAUAUCAAGCAGGAGUACUACUGUUACGACGAUGACGACGACGACGAAGAUUUAGCGCCCAUUCUUUUACAACAACCCGCUGAGGAAAGGCUGAGCUUAGCAACUUUCGGACUAUCCGGCACCUUACCGGUCAAAAUGACUCCGGAUCGGGUUGAACCCGACUUGACCGUUUUCGGUGGUGAAUCGGACGACAUGCUAUUUUUCCGUUCGCUGUUGCCCCUGCUGGAGUCACUCUCGCUGCGUCAGAAAAUUAAAUUUCGCAUGGAUGUCAUGCAGACGGCACUGGCGUAUUCUGAAAACUGCGAAAAUGAACCCUCAUCUUCUUAUCAAACAAUACCGCCAUCGGCUCCGCCAGCCAGCACUGCAACUACCCGAAAACGUGCGAAAAGGGCGAGCCUUAUUAAUUUCUCCAAAAAGCGCAGAGAUGACGGCGCGAGCCGAGCUGCUAGAGAUGUAAUCGAAAUAAUUGAGUGA